UAGUCGGCAAAAUUCACUAGUGCUACUAGUUUAGGCAGACUACUAAACGAGAGCAAUUCGUCCUUGAGAUCUGAGCAGAGCACCCUCACCUACGGUGGCAGUAGUAUAGUCGAGGCACUGAGGUGGUUUGACUUGGAGAGAGUCCCGCUUCAGUUUGAAAUGGAAGGGAAUUCUGGCGGUGGCGGUGGCGGAAGUGACGUGGAGCUUCUCUGUAAGACGCUGCAGGUUGAGCACAAGCUAUUCUACUUCGAUCUCAAAGAGAACCCUCGCGGUCGUUAUCUCAAAAUUUCUGAAAAGACUUCAGCCACCAGGUCUACCAUCAUCGUUCCUUUCUCCGGCAUCUCAUGGUUCCUUGAUCUCUUCAAUUACUAUGUCAAUUCGGACGAUCAGGAUGUCUUCAGCAAGGAAUUGCAGCUCGACACAAAGGUCUUUUACUUUGACAUUGGCGAGAACCGCAGGGGCCGCUUCUUGAAGGUAUCUGAAGCUUCUGUUAGUAGGAAUCGUAGUACCAUCAUUGUCCCUGCAGGGAGCACCCGGGAUGAAGGAUGGGCAGCAUUUAGGAACAUUUUGGCUGAGAUCAACGAAGCAUCCAGGCUUUUUAUACUGCCUAAUCAGCAGCAAAGUUCUGAAUCUGCAGAGCGACUUGUUGGGCUUUCAGAUGACGUAGGCGCUGGCUUCAUUUCUGGCCACAGUAGCCAAACUGUGCCAACAUCAGAACUGAAUGUUGACAGAUCCACAGAGUUGCCAGUGCAAGAAGAAAUUGGUAACAUGGGGGUUUCUAAAGUGAUUAGAGCUGAUCAAAAGAGAUUCUUCUUUGAUCUUGGAAACAAUAACAGGGGACAUUUCCUAAGAAUAUCAGAGGUUGCAGGCUCUGAUAGGUCAUCCAUAAUUCUCCCACUAUCAGGGCUCAAACAGUUCCAUGAAAUAGUGGGUCAUUUUGUGGAGAUAACCAAAGAUCGAAUUGAAGGAAUGACAGGUGCAAAUGUUCGGACAGUGGAUCCUCAGAGAUAAAUUUUACACUGGGGUUUGGUGAUUACACAAAUAAUUAAUGAAGAUUGUCUUAGAACUACAAGUAGGUGUUUGGUUAGAUGUGGGAAUGUGGGAUGGCCCUUGUUAUUUCUUAUCUUAUUCUCAUUCAAAUCUGGAAUAAUCCGAUUUCUCGAUUGAUCAACUUUAGAUUUCGGAGGUGAUUGGGGAGCUUCAUUUACAUAGGCAAUAAUAGAAAAACAGGCCAGAAACUUGUAAGUUGUAACUUGAGUUUGAUAGUGUGUUAACCUUUCUACUAAAUAAUGAUUGUUCCAGGUGUGUUUAAUUUA